GUGAAACCAGAACUUGGUUUGAGUUUCGACUAGUUGGGUGAGGCGUAUGACUUUGACAACUUGUGUUCAGCGGAGGUUGGCUUUGGGAUAUGGUAUGGCAAGAGUAGACUGGAUCCUGAGAGAACCAAUUUAGUGCAAGAGAUCAUGUGUGGCUGUUUUGUGAGAGAUAUUUGUGUUCAUCUGAAUUUUGUUUUCGAUGACAGUGCUUUCUGACGGAGGGAUUAACAUGGAUUAUUUAUUAUGUGGACUUGAUGUGUACGGACGAGCAAGUAGAAAGUUUUGAGUGGGUGUUUGCAUAAUUUCUUAUUAUGAUAGGUGGACCUGCUCCAAAAACAAUACUCAUAGUCUUUGCAGACUAUAUCAUAGCUAAGCCGGCCAUUGCCAAAGUGUAUCCACACAGUGUGCACAGAUGGUGCAAAUGGCACAUACUGAGAAAGCAAAGGAGUGUCUGGGUUCGUUGUGCAUGAAGAAGAAUGAGUUCAGACCUGAGUUUCACAAGGUUGUGAACCACAUGUUGACGAUCGACGAGUUUGAGGCUGCUUCAGGUAUGCUGUUGGAUAAGUAAAAUUUACGGAAGCAUCCAUAUAUGACGCAGAUAUAUGAUAUUAAAACUAAGUGGGUGAAGCCUUACUUCAAGGGUGUAUUCUGUGCUGAGAUGACAGGCACCCAACUUAGCGGGACUGCUAAUCACAUGGUUCGGUAGGCACACAACUUGUGCAGGUCUCGGGUAGCGUGCUGCAAUUCGAAUUUUGAACUGCUGCUUCAGUGAAUGCGAUUUUUUAAAUUGUAGUGGAUUGUUAUGCCAGGCAGGAGCACAAUAAAAAAGGAUGUUGGUUCUUGAAACUUUGUUCAGAACAGAGCAGGUAGAGCGUGCAUGGCUCCCGCGGCAGUCGUUGGUGAAGCAAGUGGUAAGACAACAACGACGGGUGAAGUUUCAGAAAAAAAAAAGACGACGGGUGGUGCUGAGCAGCAUAGGGGCGAUGUCACUGAGGACGGCCAUGAAGCCGGAGGCGUGGACCACGACCGGCGAGGAGGGUGAAGAGCAGUGGGAUCAAGACGAGCGUGAGGUGUUGGAGUUUGAGGAGGAAGCAUGGAAGAUCUCCGCAAAAGGCGGGGAAUCUAGCACGGUCAAACUGGCGGGUGAGGAGAGCUUCAGCGAGCACGAUCCAGCGGGUGCAGUCAUUAUGGACGAUGUACCAUCCUUCUUGCGAUAGCGUUGGCGGCGCUGAGAAGCUGGAGGAAUCAGACGCAGAGGUGAGCAGAGGUCCGGCUAAGCGACGGCGAACUGAACCAUAGAUGGACUUUUAUGUUGGGGAGAUAGCAACGUUGCCACUGACCAUUUUGGAUGGCACGUACGUUGUGUACUGAUUUGUUUUUCUGGUAAGUUGUUUACUGAUUCGUGACACCCUUGUGCGUGAAAGAAAUUUGUUGGGAGCAGGCUGUUCAAACUAAAGGAAUCCAAAAUCCCUAGCCUUUUGUAAACUGUUGUACAGCCAGAAACUUAAUGACCCAUGG